AUGCAUGUGGGAUUCACGCCGAAACACUCUACGAUUCUCUCUCAACACCAAUCAUCGAUCACCACACUGUUGGCCCUUCUCUUAUCGCGUGCUCGAUUACCUCACCUGAGCUACACACGCAAACUGCCCCGCCUCGUGGUCUGCAGUGCUGCCGCGCGUAUCAACCUCAACCAUAGCCAAAACACCACUGCUGUUCUUUUGCACAUCUCCGACUUGAUCUUCGGAUUUCCGGGUUGGUCGCCAAUGCACGAGCUCCUCCUCUUCGGCCAAGUCCCUCGAUCCCGACAUGAUGAGAUGCUCAAAGUCCUCGCAGGCGUUGCUGCGAUGCAGCCGCAGCGUGUCAUCGAACGUCACGUAGUCUACAGGCCGAAUCGCGAUCCACAAGCUCCUGGCAGGACGGGCCAAGUAGGAGGUUCUCAAGCUGUCGCGACCGACAAGCGCAGUACCCAGGCGCAAGCAGUCAAAGACCUCUACUUUACAAAGCUUGUGCAAGACUUGACAGAAGAUGACUUUGAGAAGGAGGGCAAGGCGCUGGCUCCUGGAGGUACAUGGGCUAUGCAGUUCUAUGAUGUCCCUGAUGCUGCGAAACGACCAGUGAUUUACAGGACUGCCAAUACAACGCCCAUAUUGCAAGGAGAUGCACACAACUACAUGAAAGACUUUCAGUACAACUAUGUCGGUGAGCACAUCCUCGAAGGACAUCGUUACGUCCACAAGAACGUCGUCAUACUAUUGCAUAGAUUGCUCACCUAUCAUGAACUACCACCCUCCCAAUCACCAGUAGCGACAUUGCCCUCGUACGAAUCCCUCAAACCUGUAGACCCAAGUGGAGCCUAUAUCAUGCAAACUUCAGUUCGCCUUGUAGACAAUGCGGGUCCAGACAAUCUUGGACGGGGCCAAGAAGAACUCGUGAAAUUCCAAGGCACCAUGAAGGGUAUCGUGGAAUUGCAAGUCGUGGAUCGCUUGGCAUUGGACACAAGAGUGAAAUACAACGCAGCCCAAGCAGCUUGA